AUGUCGUCCUCCCUGCUGUUUUGGGAAGCCGGGAAACGCAAGGGCCGACACCUGUUAGCGGCUACAGGCGUCGGCCAUUCCAGCAGCCUGCUCUUCCUCACAGACACAGUGUCAGGGCGCCGUUUCCUUUGCGACACAGGCGCUCAGUUGAGCGUUCUGCCUGCCUCUGGUUUGGACAUGAAGUCAGGCCGUGCUGGCCCCGCCCUCGAGGCCGCCAAUGGUACCUCCAUCCCCACGUAUGGGCUGAGGUCAAUUCCACUGUGCUUUGGCGGGCAGCGAUUUACAUGGCCUUUUGUGCUGGCAAAGGUUUCCACCCCCCUUCUGGGUGCCGAUUUCCUGUGUGCCAACAGCCUGCUGGUUGAUGUUAAAAACAGACGCCUUGUCAACCCGGAGACGUUCAGCUCCUUACCAUGCUCACUCAGCCGUUUCGGCUCCUCCAAGCUGACGGGUGCGUUUUUUGUCUCAGACGACUUCUCGCGCCUCCUCGCGGAGUUUCCGGGCCUGACGGACCCCACGUUCUCCUCAGAUGGCAGCAAGCAUGGAGUCGAACAUCACAUCGCCACUUCGGGUCCGCCGGUCCACGCUCGCGCUAGGCGCCUGGAUCCCGCCAAGCUCACGGUCGCAAAGGCUGAGUUUGACACAUUGGAACGCCUAGGCAUCGUGCGAAGGUCCGACAGCCCCUGGGCUUCUCCACUGCACAUUGUCCGGAAGCCGGGCGGAGGCUGGCGCCCAUGUGGUGAUUACCGCCGACUCAAUGAUGCCACCACUCCGGAUCGCUAUCCCAUUCCUCAUGUGCAGGAUUUUUCUGCCUGUCUGGCUGGGAAAGUCAUCUUUUCCAAGGUGGACCUAGUUCGUGGCUACCAUCAAGUCCCCGUGCAUCCCGCUGACAUCCCGAAGACGGCGGUGAUCACUCCUUUUGGCCUGUUUGAGUUCCUCCGCAUGCCAUUUGGCCUCAAGAAUGCCGCCCAGACGUUCCAGCGCCUCAUGGACAGUGUCCUGCGUGACCUGCCAUUCCUCUUUGUUUAUCUGGAUGACAUUCUGGUUGCCAGCACCUCCAGGUCGGAACACCUGCACCACCUCAGGCUCCUAUUUGAGCGCCUCAAUCAGCACGGUUUGAUCAUCAACCCUGGAAGCCAUUCAGUGUUUCGCACUCUGACAGUUAGAGCUCUGCAGGAGUUUCUAGGAAUGGUGAACUUCUAUCACCGUUUCAUCCCACGCGCGGCCAGUCUCAUGCACCCUCUGUAUGAAGCCCUCAAAGGCAAAGCGGCCAAACACGCAGUAGACUGGACUAAUGAGCGGCUCCUGGCUUUCAAUGCGGCCAAACGUGCGCUGGUGGAUGCGACUAUGUUGGCGCACCCCUCACCUGAUGCACCCAUUGCUAUCACCACCGACGCAUCUGACUAUGCAGUUGGCGCGGUGCAUGAACAGUGGGUCGAUGGUGCUUGGCAACCCCUGGCGUUCUUUAGUCGCCUGCUCCGCCCCGCUGAGCGUAAAUACAGCACAUUUGACCGUGAGCUGCUCGCCCUGUACUUGGCCGUGCGCCACUUUCGCUUUCUCUUGGAGGGCCGUCCAUUUGUUGCAUUUGUGGAUCACAAACCCUUGGUAUUUGCCAUGGCGAAGUCCUCCGAACCGUGGUCUUCCCGUCAGCAACGUCAGCUGGCCUUCAUCUCGGAGUUCACCACGGACGUUCAGCAUGUUGCAGGAAAAGACAACCCUGUGGCCGACUGUCUCUCCCACGCGGCAGUUGACGCUGUACACCUCGGCAUCGACUACUCCCGAAUGGCGGCGGACCAGGUGUCGGACCCAGAGGUCCAAGCCUACAGGUCUGCGGUCACUGGCUUGCGGUUGGCGGAUGUUCCCUUCAGUGAUACUGGUGUGACGCUCCUCUGUGACGUGUCCAUGGGCCACCCCAGGCCUAUUGUUCCCACCUGCUGGCGCAGACCGGUUUUUGACACCAUACACGGCCUCUCUCGCAGGAGGGCAUCGCAAAGGCUGGUGGCAGACAAAUUCGUCUGGCACGGCCUUAAAAAGGACAUUCGCAACUGGAGUACUGCUUGUGUGGACUGUCAACGCGCCAAGGUGCAUCAGCAUGUUAAGGCCCCGCUGGCGUUGUUCCCUGUGCCUGAGCGGCGUUUCGACCACGUACAUGUGGAUCUGGUGGGUCCGCUGCCACCGUCCCGGGGUUUCACCCACCUCCUCACGAUCGUCGACAGGACCACGAGGUGGCCAGAAGCCGUGCCGCUUUCUUCCACAACGUCUUCGGAGGUGGCCAGAGCAUUCAUUGACACAUGGGUCUCGCGGUUUGGCGUUCCAUCAGACAUUUCCUCGGAUCGCGGCCCUCAGUUCACUUCAGCCCUCUGGACCAGCAUGGCUGCGGGUCUCGGGGUGCAUCUUCACCGUACUACUGCCUACCAUCCCCAGGCCAACGGGCUGUGUGAGCGUUUCCACCGCUCUAUGAAGGCCGCACUCCGGGCCAGUCUCCAGGAUGACGGUUGGGCCGGUAGGCUUCCCUGGGUAAUGCUGGGCCUCCGUUCGGCCCCCAAGGACGACCUCCAAGCCUCUUCGGCUGAACUUGUUUAUGGCCAGGUGCUACGGGUUCCUGGGGAUUUCCUCCCAAGUUCUACUACCCCGUGGUCCGCCAGCCACCAGCGACAGGCCCUUCGUGAGUUCUCCAGCGAUUUUGCACCGGUGCCCACCUCCCAACAUGGCCUGCCGGAGUCACGCUUUCCGCCUUCUUUGCGAGCGGCGGAGUUUGUGUUCAUCCGGCAUGACGCGCACCGGAGCCCCCUCCGUCCAGUCUACGAUGGUCCUUUCCGAGUGUUGACUCCUGGGGAUAAGUACUUCAAGGUUGAGGUUGGCGGCGUUCCUGUGAGCGUUUCGGUAGACCGCCUGAAGCCGGCCCACCUGGCUCCUGGCAGCACUGUGGAGACUGGGCGGCCCGCGAAGCGUGGAGGUUCCUCAGGCACUGUCCCGGCACGCCCCAGGGAGCGGCCGGCCUUUUCCCCGGCUCCGGGUGUGACGAGCCGUUCCGGACGUCUGGUUCGGCCCCCUCGCCGGUUGGACAUGUCCGUUUUCGCGGAUUCUGGGGGGACGUGUGUAGGGGCUACUACUCGCGACUGGAGCGAAUCCGCAACAGACAGGCGUUAA